AUGACGUGCUGUGAGCUUCCUGUCUUGUCCUUGAGACAGGGUGCCCAGCAGGCUGGGGCACCCAGGAGGACCCCAGUGCUGUGUGCUGACCUCAGCCACCCCAGUUUGCCUGCCUCUCUCCCCAGGAACCUCUCACCCUUUACCCCCAUCGUCUCCCGCAAGACUGGCUCCAGGGUCAGUAGGAUGUUCUUAAUGUCCCACAAAUCCCCACCACCCAAGGUGCCUCAGCCCAACCGCCUGGAUGAGGUGUAUGAAGCUCUCAAGAAGGGCCUGACAGCCUACCUGGAGGUGCACCAGCUGGAACUGGAGAAGCUCAGCACCCAGAUCCGUGAGUCCAAGAGGAAUUCUCGCCUGGGCUUUCUCUACGAUCUGGAUAAGCGAAGGUCAAUCAAGCGCUUCCUGCGUCACCUGGAGUUUCAUGCUAGCAAGAUAGAUGAGCUCUACGAGGCUUAUUGCAUCCAGCGGCGGCUCCGCGAUGGAGCCCACAACAUGGUCAAGGCUUACAGCAUGGGCUCACCGGGCAGCCGGGAGGCACGUGAGAGCCUGGCUGAGGCCAGCAAGGGCUACAAGGAGUACACGGAGAACAUGUGUCUGUUGGAGAAUGAGCUGGAGAGCCAGCUGGGCGAGUUCCACGUCCGGAUGAAAGGACUGGCAGGCUUUGCCCGGCUUUGUGCUGGUGACCAGUAUGAGAUCUUCAUGAAGUAUGGACGGCAGCGAUGGAAGCUGCGUGGCCGCAUUGAGGUGAACAGUAAGCAGGUGUGGGACAGCGAGGAAAUGGUUUUCUUGCCCCUCGUCACUGAGUUCCUCUCCAUCAAGGUGACAGAGCUAAAGAGCCUGGCCAACCAUGUUGUGGUGGGCAAUGUGUCCUGCGAGACCAAGGACCUCUUUGCAGCUCUGCCCCAGGUAGUGGCUGUGGAUAUCAAUGACUUGGGCACCCUCAAACUUAGCCUGGAGGUGACCUGGAACCCCUUCGACAAGGAUGACCAGCCUUCAGCAGCCAGCACUGUCAACAAGGCCUCCAUGGUGAACAAGAGGUUCUCUACCUACAACCAGAGCCCGCCCGACACACCAUCCCUGCAGGAACAGGCUUUCUAUAACAUGCUGAGGCGCCAGGAGGAGAUGGAGAACGGCACGGCCUGGUCCAUCUCCUCUGAGUCCUCAGAUGACUCCUCCAGCCCACAGCUGCCCGGCAGCACCCACCAUGCUGUCCAUAAGCCCAUCGUGCAGCCAGAGCUGCAAGCCUUGGCACCCACCAUCGAGAUCUCCUUCUUCCAGCAGCUGCAGGAGGCCAAGCCCGGCACCAGGGCCAGCAUUCCCGCUGCUGAGAGCCAGCCAGAGGAGCUGGGCAGCCGCAAGAAUGGAGCAGUGGCCAAUGGGCAUGUGCCCUACUCCUGGACUUUGAGCCACAUCAGCAAGGCCAGCAUGGACACCACAGUGGAGGCCAAGGCUGUGGAGAGCCCCUGGGAGAUGGCACCCAGCCUGCAGGACAUGGGAACUGGCGAGCAGGAUGUGGAUCCUGUCCCCGGUGCCUUGGUGGCAGUGGUGGCACCAGUGCAGGACAGGGAUGCCGAAGCCAAGCCACGUGCCUCUGUGGUGUGGGCCACCACCAACAAGGCCGAGCUGGUGCAGAGCCAGGCGUCGGCAUGGGGCGGCUGCGGCACUGGCAUCCCUGCAGCAGUGGCACAAGUGUCCAUGGAGGAGAGGCUGGUCCCCACCGUGCCGCUGCCCACCGGAGUCCCCAAGGUGCCCCAGGGGAAGGUGGUGGAUUCAGACCUGGAGGAGGCCAUUGGCCUCCUGGGCUUGGCCUUGGAUGACUAUCGGGGGCAGUUCCCGGAGCUGCAGCCCCUUGAACGGGAGCUCAAGCGCCUGGAGGAGAUGCUGCUGCAGAAGCAAGGUGUCUUCCUCAGCCAGGCCUCCAGCAUCAGCCUUAUGGUGGAGCAUGCACUGGAGAGCUUCAGCUUCCUCAACACCUCAGACAUGGAGAACUCGGAGGGCUCCAAGGAGGAGCCUCUUCAAGAUGAGAGGAGGGUUGGCAGACCACGGCGCAGCAGCAGGGUCCCCAGCACCAGCAAGACCAGUGCAGACGACACUGGCAUGUGCAGCGGCUCCAAGGCCAGCACCGACCCCCUGAGCACUGGCAAUGAGUUCCUGGAUAAGGCCCUGGUGCUUCACCUCAACAACUGCAACUGCCUGCUGCUGAAACUGGGCACCUUCAGUCCCCUGCGGUGCCAGGAGAUGUAUGCCCUGGACAGGCUGCUGUGGGAGGCCCAGGUUCUGGAGAUUGUGUGCCAGCUCACAGAGGAGCGAGCGGGAGCAGCUGCCUCUGCUGCCGAAGUGGUGCAGUUCUCGACACGGAAGGAGGGCGUGCUGCCCCUCUGGGACUGCUGCGUGGAAGCCCCCAACAUUUACUCCUGCCCUGUGGAGCGGUUCCUGCAGGUGCUCAGCACACAGUACGCAGCGCCCAUCAGUGAGCGGCACCCUGGCCUGGCUGAUGCCGUUUGUGUGAAACUGGUGGAGGAUGUGCUAAAUUGGCGGCUACCCCAGCAGCCCAGCAGCACCCAGGGCGAGCAGGUCACCAUCUUCCAGUACUGGAGCCACUUUGAGUCGCUUGGUGCCCUGGUGCUUGACACCUACAUGAUGGAGCUGGCAGAGGAAGUGCUGCUGGUGCAGAACCUCAACUCGGACGACCAGGAUGUGGUGUUGCGUGCCCUGAAGCAUAUGCCCAAGGGCCGCCUCAAGAAGGAGGGACUGAAAGCACUGAGCCUGCUCCUCAUGGAGGGCAACAGCAAGGUGGUGAGCACCGUGUCGGCCCAGCUCUGCAGCCUGGCAGAGAACCCCUGCUUCCGACAACGGGCACUCAUAUGCUACCUGGAGCAGCUGGAGGAUGAGGUUGUGCAGACACGUGUGGCGGGGUGUGUGGCGCUGGGCUGCCUGAAGGCCAAGGAGAGCAUGGAGCAGUUGGUUUACCUGUGCCAAACCGACAAGGAGCCUGUGCGGGAGGCAGCCAAGCAGAGCCUGAUACUGUACGGGGAAGAUGGCAAAUCAGCUCACCAGCAGCUGGAGGAGACCCUGGACAGCCUCCCGCAGAUCUUUGCCCCAGCCAGCAUGGCCAGCACAGCUUUCUGAGACACCACGCAACCCCUCUGCCAUCCCUUGAGGGCCAAGGCACCGUUGGGCACCGGCUUGGCAUGGGCUGGGGCCACUGGGCCCACACUGCUCCCAGCA